UCGCAAUGAGCCCAUGGCGUUGUUUACAAUAGUUCCACAGGAAUUUUAUUUAAUUUAAAUUGUUUUAAGGCUAGAAAAUGGAUUUAAAUGUGUGUCGCACUUGUGGAAAAGACGGAAGUACCGAAGGGUCGGUAAAUAUAUUUGAAGAGCGCAAUCAAAACACACUGGAACACAUCAAACUGCUAACUGGGGCUUUGUUGGAAAACUGUACCGCUUUGCCAAGUCUGAUAUGUUCGCCCUGUCAAACUCAAGUAAGACAGGGCAUCUCCUUUCGAGAACGCUGUCUGGAGGUUGAGAAGGAACUUCUCAUGUCGGUAAAGGAAGAAAACACAGAAGUAAACACUUCUCUGGAAUCUCUCAAAAGAAUCUCUGAGCCAGAGGAGCACUUGGAACAGUCACAAAUCAGUAUUGAAAUAGAGCGCUUGGACAAUGUCUUCAUAGAACCCAGUGAAACGACCUAUCAUAAGUUGGAAGACAUCCUCAGUGAAUCGGAAAUCAAUGAUGAUGCGAAUAAUGUUGAUGAUAUUGUCUACCGUGAAGUGGAUUACCUUAUUUCCGAAAGCGAGCAAGAUGUGGAUCAAAUUUCAGACCUCAAAACGGCACCUGAGAAAGUCAAAACGAGAAGAAAACGUCGGAAAUUCUGCGACACCAAUGGCACCUUCGUCUGCGAGGAGUGCGGAAAUCACAUCAAAGGAAGGAUAGCAUUCGUAUUGCAUUGUAAGCGACAUCGCGGCGACAAGGAGUUUGAAUGCGAAUUCUGUGAGGAUCGUUUCUGCACGCCGGCGGAACUGAAGCGCCACACUCGCAGGCACACCGGGGAGAAACCCUUCACGUGUCGCCACUGUGCCCGCAGCUUCUCGGACUACAGCACGCGGCUGAAGCACGAACGGACCCACACCAACGAGCGGCCCUUUGCCUGCACGGAGUGCGACAGUGCCUUCACAACAGCCUACAUUCUGAAAAACCACAUGCUGGUGCAUACGGGAGAGCGAGCUUUCAAGUGCAACCUCUGCGAUAAGUCCUUCAGUCGCGAUACACACCUCACCACACACUAUCGGUCAAAUGCCCACAAACGAAACAUGUUGAAGGAGGGCAUAGAUCAAGAUUAGAAACUAUUGGUUUUACAUUAAAGAAGGUAACUAAUUAGUUAAGUUAUAAAUAAAAUUGUAAUUACACUAUA